AUGAAAGCAAGAGAGCGGAUCGUCUAUGCCGAUGGCGACAUUAUCCAAGCAUGCCGCAUGAGAACACGUUCCCACGUGUCACUGUUCCAUCCACGCACCUUCUUUUAUGUGCCACUCUUCCAGCUUUGGACGUUUGAAACCCCCAAAGAGACCCAAUCUCUUGCGGUGAAGCUUUCAGCAUCUCUCGACAGUCUGGCGGCGCUCUUGGGUGUUGCCGCCCAGUAUGUUGAGUCCCUUGGGGUUGACGGGCUCAUGGGGUCACACUUUGGUGUGCUUAGCAUCCCUGGAACAUACGACUAUGUGAUAAUAGGAGGAGCCACCGCGGGACUGACGAUGUUCAAGAGGCUGGCCGAAGACAAGAGAUAUACCUUGGCAGUUGCCGGGGCCGGUGACUUUGCCGAGUUUGCCAACGGCAACAAUAGCCAAAUUCCGGCUCUUGCGGCUUCCUUCAUCGGCUCCGACCCCAAGAUCAAGAACCCUUACCUCUAUUGGUACCAAUGGAUGACCAAGCAAGGUGGCCUCGGCGGACGUAGCGUCGUCUACAUGUCUGGCAAAGUCCUUGGAUAUGGCUCGAAGAGCGCCGAGUUCACACCGCCAAACGAAGAGUACCGCCUCCACAAUGCGACUACGCUGUACGACGAAGAUUACUGGGGUCCCGACAGUGGCCCUCUCCAGUUCGGCUAUCCCAACUGGGCCAACCCGAUCUCGUCCUGGAUCGCCCGCGGACUGGAGUAUCUUGGACUGGAGAAUCUGCCUGAACGUCAAGGCCAAGAAAAUCCUCUUGACGACGACAAGAAAGCCAUUGGCGCCGUCGUCGAGUCCACAGGCGUCGAGUACCAUCUCAGCGCCAGCCGCGAAUUCAUUGUCUCUGCUAGAGCGUUCCGCUCGCCUCAGCUACUCAUGGUUUCCGGUAUCGGCUCCGAGAAUACUCUCAAGAAGUUCGGCAUCAAGGUCAUUUCCAAUCUCAAGGAUGUUGGCCAAAACAUGCGGGAUCACAUCGCCUUCAGCCCCUCGUACGUGGUCAACCUGCUCACCCACAGCGCCAUGUCACGACCUGACUUUGCCGUGGAGCAAUUGACAAACUACCAGAGCCAGUGGACCGGACAGCUCACCAACUACGGCGGCGACGUCCCGGGCUCGGGCGUGCAUUAA